AAAAAAAGGAGGAUAUUCACCAAGACAAGAAACCAACAGGACGUUGGCAUAUCACUCAUCCCUGGGGGUUUUACUCUCUUUAGCACCGUUCACUAUUUUCUUUUCUUUGUCUUUCCCCGCUGUCGCAAUCCCAUCUUAUCCCAACUAUCAACUAUCUUUGUAUAUUGCCAUCAUGUCGUCCGGAUUGGCUUCCGACGAAGUUGCCGAGGACUACAAGAAUUCCUUGGAAGAUCUAACCUCAAAUGACAGAUUUCAAAUCAGCAACUUGACCGUCAUAGCAAAGGAGAACACCGAACAUGCAAUGGCCAUUUCUCGGGUAUUGGAGAAUCACAUUCGAACAACACCACCGCCUCAGAAGUUGCCCGCCUUGUAUGUAGUCGACUCCAUCGUCAAGAACGUAGGGACUCCCUACACUCUUUUUCUGGGCCGCAACAUGUAUCAGACUUUCAUGAAUGCCUAUACUUUGGUCGACUCGCAGACUCGCAGGAAGUUGGAUGAGAUGCUCAAAACCUGGAAAGAAUCCGUUCCUGGGUCAUUGGAUACUAGGCCGGUUUUCCCUCCUGAGAUCACCCGCGGCAUCGAAAGUGCCCUCAUCAAGGCAAGAACAGCGGCUCUUCAGCUACAGCAGUCUAGGGGCCAGCAGGAAAUCCUCAGCCGUGGCCGUGGAACUGCGACACCUCCCGGCUGGACCAACAGCCCAACACCGCCCCUUGCCACAUCACGGCAUUCGUCUUCGCAGUAUAAUCAGAAUGGUCAUGGUCAUAACUAUCAAUCUCCAGUGGACCCAUACGCUACACGAUUCACCCCGACUCCUCAGCUCCAACAACGGCAGGAGGUCGAUCUUGCUGCUCUGAAUCGGGACAUCGAAGCCCUGAUUACAGCCGCCCGGAGCGAUUUUGCUACUAACCCUCUCGAUCCUUCUGUACAGCAGCGAUUAAAGGCCUUGUUAGAUCUUCAGGGAAUCCUGCAGCGUCAGGAGCUUACACAAGAGCAACUGAAGCUUGUCCGUGAUCAAGUAUCUGCGCUUGCACCGAAACCUGUUGUGCCGGUCCCCCAGAGUCUUCCCCCUAGUAUCCCAACUGUCCCGACACCAUCCAUGAGUACUCCACCAACGCAAGCUGUCGCUCAACCUCUUCAGCAGCUUCUCAGCUCAGGAACACUGGCUGGGCUCAUCAAAGCUACUGCUGCACGUCAGCAGCCGACUCCACCACCUCAAGUCCCCAGCAGCCUUCCCCAAAUCCCCACGAACACCAGCACACCGCAGCCAGCCGCUACACAAACGCCAGAUAUCCCUCUUUUAGCAGCUCUACGAGCACGCGGGCUUUUGCCAGCUGCUUCUGCCCCUCCCGGUCCUUCAGCUGCGGCCACACCCAAUCUUGCUUCUGCAUUCCCAUUCAUUGUUCCCGGUCAAGUUCGAUUUACACCCCCAGUGCCCACACCUCAAGCGUCCUCUGAUGCUACUAUGGAAGUUCAAAUGAACACUAUGUCAAUGAAAAUACCACGACAUGCAUUAGUAGCCAGUCUUUAUGAAGCGAGGUCUAACCGAUGUGGAACAUGUGGUCGUCGGUUUUUUACAACCGAGGAAGGUAAAGAAAAAAAGGCGCGUCAUUUGGACUGGCACUUCAAAACCAACCAACGUAUGGCGGAUGCUGCCAGACGAGCCCAGAACCGCAGCUGGUAUGUUGAUGAACGGGAUUGGAUCAAAUCACGAGAAGCUGAAGAUGAUCAAGGCCUUGCAGAGGCUGAAACUUCGGGCGAUGUUGGAACCGGGGCCGAUGGCAGCGCAACUAAAAAGGGGCCACCUAAGCAAUGGAUUCGUGCUCCGAACGAUGCGACUCUGCGGAACACGCCGUGCCCUAUAUGUCAGGAGAAGUUCGAGUCAACAUGGUCGGAAGACGUCCAAGAUUGGAUAUGGCAGGAUGCAGUAAAGGUUGGCAGCCGCGUAUACCAUGCCAGUUGCUAUGCAGAAGUCACAAAAGAUGGGCCAACUCAAGCACGCGGGAGCACGCCUCUGGGAAGAACGGGAACCCCCGAUUCUGUGUUGGGCAAACGAAAGGCAGAGGGCAAUGACUCUCCCGGGAGUAUUGUUCGAAUCAAGACAGAGCCCAUGUGACAGGCUUCUGUCUAGAUGAUAAUCCUCGAAUUCUAUCGAUUUGCUCCCCCACAUUCGACUCCCUGGUGGAUCGGAACCCUUUUCCCGUGCCGGGGAUCAAUCGACUUAUCAUACAUUUCAUUUGGUGUUUUCUCGCAUGUGGGGUGUUUUAUCUCUUUUUGAGCUGAAAUGCGUGCAUUUAGCCGGCAGCUGUUUGGUAUUUAGGAGGAUAGACCCCUCCUCUCUUUUUGGCGUUAUGUAUCACAGCGGUCCAGCAUAGUAGUAUAUAAAAGAAUAUCAAGCACAAACAGCAUGGCAUUUACAAUUGGAUUUUCUGCAUUAAUCAUCCUGUAGCCCUUGUCAAUGCUAGUAUGUGCGAUGGGUUCCAAAUGACGUCGGCCUUUGCUCCACGAUGCCCGCUCGGCGCUUCUCCGGAGAUGAGAAGCCUCGUGUAGAGCAAGAUUACAUAUCAAUCAA